AUGAGCUGUGUGCGUUGCCUGCUGCCCUGCCUGGCAGUCCUCCUCUGUGCCCGGAUUGCCUUGUCUGCUGUGUCUAUGGAAGAGGAGCUGGUGGCCCCUGUCAGGCUGGAAGGGGCCCCUGAGGAUGGGAAGGUGCUCUACCGCCUGGAUGUCUUUGGACAAGCCUUGACCUUGGAGCUGGAGGCAGAUCCCAGCUUUCUUGCAAAGGACUUUAGCUUGCAAUACGUCGGGCGACCUAAGAUCGCCGUCGGGGAAGAAAUCGCUGAGGCGACCGGCAACCUGGCCGACUGCUUCUACUCCGGGACCGUCAAUGGGGAGAGGGCGAGCAGCGCUGCGCUGAGUCUGUGCUCCGGGAUCCGAGGAGCCUUCUACUACCGAGGGGAAGAGUACUUCAUCCAACCCAGCAACCACACCAUCACCCCGGCUUCACCCAACCCUCACAGCCCCCUGCUCCUGCAUCUGGUCAGCAAGAGGAGCCGGGCCAAGGCUAAGUGCGGGGUGACUGAUGCCACCCCACAACAGCUGUCCCCUGAGGAGCCCCACAAGAUCCUCACCCCUUCAGGAUUGGGAAACACACGGAAAAAGAGAUUUGUCUCCAGCCCUCGCUAUGUUGAAACCAUGCUGGUAGCCGACCAAUCUAUGGCUGAAUUUCACGGGAGCAAUUUAAAGCACUACCUCCUCACACUGAUGUCAGUGGCAGCAAAGCUUUACAAGCAUCCCAGCAUCCGAAACUCCAUCAGCCUGGUGGUAGUGAAGAUCCUGGUCAUCUACGAUGAACAGAAAGGACCUGAGGUCACAACCAAUGCCGCCCUGACUUUGAGGAACUUCUGCAGCUGGCAGAAGCAGCAUAACCCACCCAGCGAUCGGCAUGCAGAACAUUAUGAUACAGCCAUUCUGUUUACAAGACAAGACCUUUGCGGAGCUCAAACAUGUGAUACCCUUGGUAUGGCUGAUGUUGGAACAGUUUGUGAUCCCAGCCGCAGUUGCUCCAUCAUUGAAGAUGACGGCUUGCAAGCAGCUUUUACAACAGCCCAUGAACUAGGUCAUGUAUUUAAUAUGCCACAUGAUGAUGCAAAGCACUGCUCCAGCUACAAUGCCGAUGAUAAUGAUUCACAUAUGAUGGCUUCAAUGCUCUCCAAUCUAGACAGACAGGAACCAUGGUCUCUAUGCAGUGCAUACAUGAUCACAUCUUUCUUGGACAAUGGUCAUGGAGAGUGCUUAUUGGACAAGCCAAGCAGACCCAUCCAGCUCCCAUCAGAUCUCCCUGGAACAUUGUAUGAUGCCAAUAAGCAGUGCCAAUUUACAUUUGGAGAAGACUCCAGACAUUGUCCAGAUGCCGCCAGCACGUGUACGACCUUGUGGUGCACUGGAGUCUCCGGAGGGCUGCUCGUGUGCCAAACUAAACACUUCCCCUGGGCCGAUGGGACCAGUUGUGGAGAAGGGAAAUGGUGUCUGAAUGGGAAGUGCGUUGAGCAGAUGGACAAGAAGCAUUAUGAGACUCCAGUACAUGGUGGUUGGGGACCAUGGGGAUCAUGGGGAGAGUGCUCCAGAACUUGUGGUGGUGGAGUUCAGUAUUCAGUGCGGGAGUGUAACAACCCAGUGCCAAAAGAUGGAGGAAAAUACUGCGAGGGGAAAAGAGUUCAGUAUCGCUCAUGCAAUACUGAUGACUGCCCUGAAAAUAAUGGUAAGACAUUCCGUGAAGAACAGUGUGAAGCCCAUAAUGACAUCUCCAAGUCUGCCACUGGAAGUGGACCUGCUGUUGAAUGGACACCUAAGUUUGCCGGUGUUCGUCCAAAAGACCGCUGCAAGCUUAUGUGCCGAGCAAAGGGCACUGGAUUCUUCUUCGUACUGAACCCCAGGGUUGCUGAUGGCACUCCAUGCAGCCCCGACUCCACCUCCAUCUGCAUCCAGGGUCAGUGCGUCAAGGCUGGUUGUGACAGAGUUAUUGGAUCCAGCAAGAAGUUUGACAAGUGUGGAGUAUGUGGAGGAAAUGGAUCCACGUGCAAGAAAGUCUCUGCAACCUUCACCAAAGCACGAUCUGGGUACCACGACGUUGUUACAAUUCCUGCAGGAGCAACAAACAUUGAGAUCAAACAACGUAACAACAGGGGAUCUAUGCAUGACGGCAGCUUUUUGGCAAUUAAGGCUGCCGAUGGAACCUACAUCCUUAAUGGAGAUUAUACAUUGUCCACACUGGAGCUAGACAUCUCCUACAAUGGCAACUUCUUGACCUACAGCGGUUCCACUGCAUCCUUAGAAAGAAUCCGAAGCUACAAGCCUUUGAAAGAACCAAUCACUAUACAGGUCCUCACGGUGGGAGAAUCUCAACGAUUGAAAAUCAAGUACAUUUAUUUUGUCAAGAAAGCAGCUCAACCAGAAAAUAAAGAGACCAUUCUCUCUGAAUGGGUCAUUAAGGAGUGGGGUGAAUGCUCAAAGACUUGUGGAUUAGGCUGGCAGAGGAGAUCAGUCGAAUGCAAAGACUUGAGGGGUCAGCCUUCAAAAGACUGCACUAACGAACUAAAGCCAGAUGACAUUAGACCAUGUGCGGACAUCCCUUGCCCCCAGUGGCAAUUGGGAGAAUGGUCUUCAUGUUCUAAGACCUGUGGAAAGGGCUUUAGAAAGAGACUUUUAAAAUGCGUCUCUUAUGAAGGUAGCAACUUGCCUCAAGACAACUGUGAUCCUUCAAAGAAGCCUAAACAUUUAAUAGACUUUUGUACUCUUUCCAACUGCAGUUAA